AAUCAAAAUAUACUUGAUCGUCGGCAACAAGGCAAAAUUUUCAAAAUAAAUCAACAUGAGUUUUUGGGGUUUAAAGAACAAUUCUUGACAAACCCAUCACUAAAUUUUCCCACUAAAAAUGCCCAUAUCUCGCUUUCUUUUAUUUUCCUCCAAACACCGCUUCAGACACCCUCUGAAUCUCCUUCGAAGGUUUGAUACGUCAAAGAGAGUUCAGACUUGUAGCUACACGAAAUCUUCAAGACAGAAUCAUGGAAUGCCAGAUGGUAGUCCUGUAAUGAAUGUAGAAACAAAGGCUCCUCGUUCAUGGAGUACUUAUGUCAUUCCUGCUGCUCUGCUGGGAUUUGCCGGACUAGCAACUAUUGUUCAUUAUAAUGACGAGAGGAGAGCUAUUCCAAAAGGAAAGGGCAAGAACCAUGGUUGUGAUACUGUCAAGGGUCCAAUUGUAGGUGGCCCGUUCGCUCUAAUUGAUACGGAGAAUCGGACAAUUACUGAAAAGAAUUUUCUGGGGAAUUGGGUGCUCAUAUACUUUGGCUAUACGUCGUCUCCUGAUGUUGGACCUGAGCAAAUCUGGACAAUGGCCAAGGCUGUAGAUAUGUUAGAAUUGAAACAGAAUCUUAAGGUCUUACCAGUCUUCGUUACAAUUGAUCCUCAACGUGAUACACCUGCACAACUCCGUGCUUACCUUAAAGAGUUCGAUUCAAGAAUAUUGGGAUUAACAGGACCAGAUAGCGCCAUAAGGCAGAUGGCACAGGAAUACCGUGUUUAUUUCAAGAAGGUCGAGGAGGAAGGGGGUGAUUAUCUUGUUGAGUCUUCCCACGGCAUGUAUUUGAUGAACCCAAACAUGGAGGUUGUUAGAUGUUUUGGGGUUGAGUACACUGCAGAAGAACUAGCAGAAGAAAUACUAAAGCAACUGAAGAAAACUCUAGCAGCUUGAUCAUUCAAAUCCCUUUCAAGCCACCUACCGAGGAAACAACAUCAUUUUCGGACCUUUCCAGGUAAUAAGAGAAGAAAAAACUCCAUGUAUGACUUUUACUCGGAUUGAUUGAUACCAUCUAACAAGUCCUUGACAAGAGUUGGACAUUCAAAUCACUUGGCUGAAGUGUAACUUGGCCAAUUUUUUUUUUACCAAAUUAACAUUUUUUCCUUGUAGGAUCAUACAUUGACUCAACUAAUUCACAAUGAAAAUGAAAAUUUUUCUUUGGAAA